GCGCCGGCGCGGAAGCGAAUGAACACGCGCCCCGGCGACCCCUCCCUGGCGCCGGAGCCCCAGCUCCGCCCCUCGCCGAGCCGCCCCCUCCGAGUCUGCGGGGAGAGCUCGCCCAGCUCUGCGGACGCUGCCACCUUCGUUGGCUCUUCCUCCUGUCGCCCGCCUGCGGGGGCUGCGCCCCGCGGCCUUGCUGCCCUGGGUGGGCGGCCGGGUUCGCGCCGCAGCUAAGCGCUCGGUGCGGCGCAGCCAGGUCUCCCGCCUGCGCGGAGUAGUGACAGGUGCAGAGUCUGGACUGAAGAUCCACCUGCAGCCUUCGCCGCGAUGUCCACCAUGCGGAGGACCGUGUCGGAGAUCCGCUCCCGUGCGGAAGGUUAUGAGAAGACCGAUGAUGUCUCGGAGAAGACCUCACUGGCAGACCAGGAAGAAAUACGGACUAUAUUCAUCAACCAGCCCCAGCUGACGAAAUUCUGCAACAACCACGUCAGCACUGCAAAAUACAACAUAAUCACGUUCCUCCCACGAUUCCUCUACUCUCAGUUCAGAAGAGCCGCCAAUUCAUUUUUCCUCUUUAUUGCACUGCUUCAGCAAAUACCUGAUGUAUCGCCAACAGGUCGCUACACGACACUAGUUCCUCUCUUAUUUAUUUUAGCUGUGGCAGCUGUCAAAGAAAUAAUAGAAGACAUUAAACGACAUAAAGCUGAUAAUGCAGUGAACAAGAAACAGACACAAGUGUUAAGAAAUGGUGCUUGGGAAAUUGUGCACUGGGAAAAGGUGGCAGUAGGGGAAAUAGUGAAAGUGACCAAUGGGGAACACCUCCCAGCAGAUCUCAUCAGCGUGUCCUCCAGUGAGCCCCAGGCCAUGUGCUACAUUGAAACAUCCAACUUAGAUGGUGAAACAAACCUGAAAAUUAGGCAGGGCUUACCAGUAACGUCGGAUAUAAAAGACAUUGACAAUUUGAUGAGAAUUUCUGGCAGAGUCGAGUGUGAAAGUCCAAACAGACAUCUCUACGAUUUUGUUGGAAACAUAAGGCUUGAUGGACAUGGCACGGUCCCCCUGGGAGCGGAUCAGAUUCUCCUUCGGGGUGCUCAGCUGAGGAACACACAGUGGGUGAUUGGAAUCGUCGUCUACACUGGGCACGACACCAAGCUGAUGCAGAAUUCAACAAGUCCACCACUUAAACUCUCAAAUGUGGAACGAAUUACAAAUGUACAGAUUUUGAUUUUAUUUUGUAUCUUAAUUGCCAUGUCCCUUGUCUGUUCUGUGGGCUCAGCCAUUUGGAAUCGCAGGCAUUCUGGAAGGGACUGGUACCUCAAUCUAAAUUAUGGUGGCGCUAAUAAUUUUGGGCUGAAUUUCUUGACCUUCAUCAUCCUUUUCAAUAAUCUCAUUCCUAUCAGCUUGUUGGUUACAUUGGAAGUGGUGAAAUUUACUCAGGCAUACUUCAUAAAUUGGGAUCUCGACAUGCACUAUGAACCCACAGACACUGCUGCUAUGGCUCGAACAUCUAACCUGAAUGAGGAGCUUGGCCAGGUAAAAUACAUAUUUUCUGACAAAACGGGUACUCUGACAUGCAAUGUAAUGCAGUUUAAGAAGUGCACCAUAGCUGGAGUUGCUUAUGGCCAUGUCCCCGAGCCCGAGGAUUAUGGCUGCUCUCCUGAGGAAUGGCAGAGCUCACAGUUUGGAGAUGAAAAAACAUUUAGUGAUUCAUCACUGCUGGAAAAUCUCCAAAAUAAUCAUCCCACUGCACCUGUAAUAUGUGAGUUUCUGACAAUGAUGGCAGUCUGUCACACCGCAGUGCCGGAGCGAGAAGGCGAUAAGAUUAUUUAUCAAGCAGCAUCUCCAGAUGAGGGAGCCUUGGUCAGAGCAGCCAAGCAACUGAAUUUUGUUUUCACUGGACGGACACCCGACUCAGUGAUUAUAGAUUCACUGGGGCAAGAGGAGAGAUAUGAGCUGCUCAGUGUCCUGGAGUUCACCAGUGCUAGGAAAAGAAUGUCAGUGAUUGUUCGCACUCCAUCCGGGAAGUUACGACUUUACUGCAAAGGAGCUGACACCGUCAUUUACGAUCGACUGGCAGAGACCUCAAAAUACAAAGAAAUUACCCUGAAACAUUUAGAGCAGUUUGCUACGGAAGGAUUAAGAACUCUGUGUUUUGCCGUGGCCGAGAUCUCAGAGAGCGACUUUCAGGAGUGGCGCGCGGUCUAUCAUCGCGCGUCGACGUCCGUGCAGAACAGGCAGCUCAAGCUCGAGGAGAGUUACGAGUUAAUUGAGAAGAAUCUUCAGCUACUUGGAGCUACAGCCAUUGAGGAUAAAUUACAAGAUCAAGUGCCUGAAACCAUAGAAACUCUCAUGAAAGCAGACAUCAAAAUCUGGAUCCUCACAGGGGACAAGCAAGAAACUGCCAUUAACAUUGGACACUCCUGCAAACUUCUGAGGAAGAACAUGGGAAUGAUUGUUAUAAAUGAAGGCUCGCUUGAUGGAACGAGGGAAACUCUCAGUCGUCACUGCGUUACCCUCGGCGAUGCUCUUCGGAAGGAGAAUGACUUUGCUCUCAUCAUUGAUGGGAAAACCCUCAAGUAUGCCUUAACUUUCGGGGUUCGGCAUUAUUUCCUGGACUUGGCUUUGUCAUGCAAAGCUGUUAUUUGCUGCAGGGUUUCUCCUCUUCAAAAAUCUGAAGUCGUUGAGAUGGUCAAGAAACAAGUCAAAGUCAUAACGCUCGCGAUCGGCGAUGGAGCCAACGACGUGAGCAUGAUCCAGACGGCACACGUGGGUGUCGGCAUCAGCGGUAACGAAGGCCUCCAGGCAGCCAAUUCUUCCGAUUACUCCAUAGCUCAGUUCAAGUAUUUGAAGAAUUUACUGAUGGUUCAUGGUGCCUGGAACUACAACAGAGUCUCCAAGUGCAUUUUGUACUGCUUCUACAAGAACAUAGUCCUCUACAUCAUCGAGAUCUGGUUCGCCUUCGUUAAUGGCUUUUCGGGACAGAUCCUCUUUGAGAGAUGGUGUAUAGGUCUUUAUAAUGUGAUGUUCACAGCAAUGCCUCCCUUAACUCUCGGGAUCUUUGAGAGAUCGUGCAGGAAAGAGAACAUGCUGAAGUAUCCCGAAUUGUACAAAACAUCUCAGAACGCCCUGGACUUCAACACCAAGGUUUUCUGGGUUCAUUGUUUAAAUGGCCUCUUCCACUCAGUUAUUCUGUUUUGGUUUCCACUAAAAGCCCUUCAGUAUGGUACCGUGUUUGGAAACGGGAAAACCUCGGAUUAUCUGCUAUUGGGAAACUUUGUUUACACUUUUGUGGUGAUAACUGUGUGUUUGAAAGCUGGAUUGGAAACAUCUUAUUGGACAUGGUUCAGCCACAUAGCGAUCUGGGGCAGCAUCGCACUCUGGGUGGUGUUUUUUGGAAUCUACUCAUCUCUGUGGCCCGCUGUUCCGAUGGCCCCUGACAUGUCAGGAGAGGCAGCCAUGCUGUUCGGCUCUGGGGUCUUCUGGACGGGCCUGCUCUUCAUCCCCGUGGCGUCCCUGCUGCUCGACGUGGCGUGCAAGGUUAUCAAGAGGACCGCUUUUAAAACAUUAGUAGAUGAAGUUCAGGAGCUAGAGGCAAAAUCUCAAGACCCAGGAGCAGUCGUGCUUGGAAAAAGCCUCACCGAGAGGGCGCAACUGCUCAAGAACGUCUUUAAGAAGAACCACGUCAAUCUGUACCGGUCUGAAUCACUGCAACAAAACCUGCUCCACGGGUAUGCUUUCUCUCAAGAUGAAAAUGGAAUCGUCUCGCAGUCAGAAGUGAUUAGGGCCUAUGAUACCACAAAGCAGAGACCUGAUGAAUGGUGAUGGGGAGGGGCCGCCGAGCAGGCCCUGCUGCGUCUCUGAGGAGAGCUCCCACGUCUCCACCGGAACCCGCCGACCAGUCCCAGCCUGGUCCAUGGAGGCAGAGGGUGGAUCUGAGCUCGCGUCCUUGACUGACAUUCAGAUUCAUGUAUAUUAUAGACAUAAGCACUGUGCGACUCUACUGUAACACCAUCUCUUUCAGAUUUUUCAAAGUUUUUGCUAAGCCUUUGUAAACAGAAAUUGGAAAUGACCUUGUAUCUUGCCAGAGUGCUUUCUUAAAUGGAGAAUAGGUCAGUAUUCUUAAGCUGUUACUCUGGGGCUGCAACUGUCAAUUUAGUGGAUGUACCACAAGGUGACCAACCAUUAAAAAAAAAAACUCUAAAAUGGGAAUAAGUGAACAGGACUCUUGAUAUCCAGACUUAGAUUUCAGAAUAUGCUGACAAAAAAGAAAACCAGCAUUCUUAAGGAACUGACUCAACUUACUGAGAAAAAUUCCUAAACAAGACAUGAAUAAGUGUUUGUGUCAAAAAUUAUCUUGAUAAAUGUUUGCCAAAGAAGUUAAAUAAAUGUAUUUUUCAUUCAGUAGUCAUUUGCCCAGAAAUUUGAGAGAAAGUUUACCUCCAAUUCUGCUAUGAGAUCUGCAUGCUUGACUUUUCAAAUAUAAGACUGAUUUGCAAACAAAAAAAAUGAGUAUUUCAAGGCAUUUGCUACUAAAAUCUGUGAUGUUGCACCUUUGGCCUUACAAAUGCUUCUCACUUGUUUGUCGUCUUUAUGUGUCAAGUUAGAGGACACAUGUGGUGAUGUGAUUCUGUCGUUACGAUACUGAUUUUUAAAACUGUAUGUCUCAGUCAUUUCUAAUGAGGUUUCAUCGUCAUUUAGAUUUUUCUAAAGAUCCAGCUUCUGCUGUAGAUUGAGUGAUGUCAUUUUGUCUUAAAGUUUUCUCUCUUAAGAAAAAUAUGCUUACCUAUUCAUGUGGCAUUUCUAAUGCUCCUGUCUGUUGAGGUGUUUGAAACAUCCUGUUGGGUAAAUGCAUGGGCUUCUGUACUGUGUUUCGAUUCUCCCUGUUCGUUCCCACUAGAGAUGCCUGCUGUCUUAUGUAGCACGCCCUGUGUUAUGCUGACCGCCCUCUACUUACGACUGAGAAUUACUUCACAGUUCACUUGUCAAGCAGCUGCCAAAAUCAGUCACAUACUGCUAAUUGGAACAAAUAAAUAGUACAUUUUCCCCAUUUAAAAAAUACCUAUUGUAUUCAGAAAGCCUAUGACUUUACGGUCAAAGAACACUUUUCAUCGUGAGUUGGUUCCAUUAAUAUGCUUUAAACUGUAUGUUCAGUUUGAUUAUUUUCUGCAUUUUCAAGACAUCUAAAAAUGCCUGUUUUGCUACCAACAAUAAACGGUGAAGGGGCUGUUUUGAAACCACAACCAGUUUUCUACACUAUUUUUAAAAUAAUGCUUUCAUUUAGGAAAAAAUAAAAAGGAGUACUAGAUUUCAGAUACACUUCAGAGAUUGAAGCAAACUUUUUGCCUUUUAUUCAAAAGCCUGUUUGCCUUUAAGUGGACUUACCAGCAAAAUGGAUAGAAGUUCCUCUUUAAAAUAAAGUCAACUAGAACUGAGAGGUGAUUUUUUCCAAAUCACUCCUUGAGGUUAAUAAUUUCACAUUCUCUUUGCCCUUUUUCUCAAUCUAGAUUUAAAAUGAGGCUAUACAUCAUUUCCUUCUCAGUGUUUUUAGCUAUUUGGUUACAAGCACGCCUCCCACAUUUUCUACAAAUAAGAGAGGUUAUAACACACACGUAAUUCUAACCUAAAAGGGGCAAGGAGUUGACAUACUUCACUUCCCAGACCCUUGCCUUUUGGGGUUCAGAUUAAGAGAUUGUGAAUCAAAACAUCUCACAAGACCACAGGUGUAAGCUCAUCUUCAGAAUUCCAAAGUCACAGACUUGACCUGUCUACCGAGUGGAUAUUUAGAGUGGCUUUCCUGGGCUUCCCAGUGGUGAUGGUUACGGUUAAACCACAAAAACUAAAAAACAAGAAUGACCUGCCUCCCUCCAGAGAAAACCUAAUGGCAGAUACAGACAACAGUUGCUUCCACUUGCCCUCACCUCACCAGGGACAUUUUUCUCCAAAACUUCAAUAGCAAAAUAGGAUGACUGUAAUACAACUGCAUUUUAUGACUUAAGAAAACUAAAAGUUUUAUUUUAUCUUGAAACAUGGAUUGUUUCUAUGGAGCUCAUCAACGUGAGUGGAAUGUUCAUGGUUAAUAAUGUAUUGAAUCAGGAUUGGAAAUAUGACUAAUUUAUGGGGGGGUUUUUUGCCCCGUGGCUCUCUACUUGAAUGAUCAAUAUUAAGUCAAUUUCUUCACUUCUUUGGUGGGAGUGGGGGAUGGGCAUCAGGGAGUGAUCGCCGUGGCAGAACUUAAAGAUUGCAAGGCAGUGACUUGAUGGUGUUAAAUUAGAGAAAACCCUCUGAUUUUUCAACCUUCCCAAGGAGAAAAAAAUGAAACAGUUUUACCAGGAUUCCAAUAAACAGUGAAGUGACUUUCCACAAGUAUUUUCUGAAAUAAAGGACAUGUACUCUUCAAUUAAUGGUAUUGCUAACACCACUGCUUUACAAUGUUUACAAUUCAGAAAAUACCACUUACAGCAGAAAAUCCUCAUUUGUUUUGCAUGGAAAAGCUGGGAGUCGCUUCAUUAAUGUUGAAUAGGACACAGUGACAUUGUGCCUGAACUUUCUAAAUGUUUUAUAUAACAUAUGAAAAUAUAUUGGUGUUUCACACCCAGAAAGAUGCUAUAUGGUAGAAAUUGUUAGCAGGAAAAUGGUAUUUCUCAGGAAUGUAGUAAAUUUGAAAUGGUGUAUGUGCUGCCCACCCUCCAACGCCCCGCUCUGUCUGAUGUAAGCCCGCCUCAGCAGUGUUGCAAAGCUAAUGGAAGACUUCUAAUCAAGUCAGGUGAAUGUGUAUUCAGCUCCACAAUAUCAGCCAUUUACAUAAAUUGUAUGGUCAUUAAAUGGAAUCAAUGAUUCCUCUAAAUUUCCAGAGGGGAAAAAUGAAUUCAAGAAAUCAGCAUUUAUUCUGAUUGUUACAUUUUAUGUUUUAAUUUUGCAAUUCAGCCUUCUAAAUGUCCAAGAUGCGUGUCACAUGAUAGUGGGCGGAGCAUUUUGCACGCUGUCCCUCACCUGUAGUCUGUCAUUUCCGACGUUCUUUCAGGAAAGGAAUGGUAGUCGGAAAGUCAUAGAUUGUAUGUUUAUAGUUUUCAAAUUAUCUAUAACAAUGUCAGUAUUACGAAACCUGAAUAAUCAUUAGUGUUUAUUUUUGUGCAGAUGACCUUUGACAGUUCCCAGUUUUAAAGCAUAUUAUCAAAUAAGUCUAUACUCUCAUAAUCAUCAUCUACAGAAUUUACUGAGAAAAGGCCCACCCCAUUCAGUCAUACAGGCCAAGCCUGUGAAUCCUUUCUAUCAAUUAUUCAAUGUAACACCAUGCGGUCUGUUACCUAAGUAAUGCUUUUGAAUGAUGACUAUGUCUAUAAUGCCUCUUAAAGAGACCAUAGUCUGAUUGUUCUCACAUUAAAAUGACUGCAGUCACUUGUGAAACUUAGUUAUACUUUGCUGCAUUUUAAUUAACCUUCAACAGAUAUUAAAGUGGAAUGUAAGUUAAAUGUUGAAGGAAAGGAAAUAAAUGUUUUCCAUUUUCCAUCUCGAUUUAUUUUCUGUAGGAGAGCAACUGUGUUUUUGAUAGGCUUGUGGUUUGCAUGAAUUCAUAUUUAAAGUGGUCCAGGCCAAUGCAUGGCUAUUGCUGUAAAUCUUGAUGUUUAUUUUGCCUUUUAAAAUUCUAUCAUGGCUUACCUGGAAUUUAAUAUUCAGUGGACAAAUUAACUGGUCCUCUGCACAACUUUUGUUUAAUAAGUAAAUUAUUUUACAAACAAAUUUGAACAAAUUUAAUUGAAACUUUUGUUUAGCUUACCUCUGAGAAUUUUUCUUAAUAAAACUCACAGAACUUCUCAGCAAAUAAAUCUCCCUUAAGUAGGAAAAAAGCUAGAGUUCAUACUUGCUUACUUUGAAUUAACAGCAACUUUCCCUAGGUAAAUCUCCUCUUGCAAAGAUGUGAGUGGAAUAUUAAAGAAGUAAAUAUUUCUACAUCUCAUGGUUCUAGAAUAGAAGCCAUAAAUGCAGUAAAUACUGUUUGUUGUUUGUUUUACUACUUGAAACUUCAUUUUUCACAUUUUCAAGUUUAUUAGGUUAUUUUAAAAAAAGCAGCCUUGGAAGGCAGCUAUUGUACUAUGGGAAACUGCAGUUUGCAUUCAAGAUAAAAUAGUGUUUUCAGCUCCAUGAAAAACCAUUCCGCUGAAACUGCUGUAGAAUCGUGAAGCUGCAUGAGUGGAGAGUGCUGAGUCUGUGACUGUAGUAGUUCUCUCAGGUCUGUUCAUCUCGAUGUUCAAUGCACUGUGUUUUGUAAAUAGUUAUUAAAGUUGAGUAAUAUCCAA